AUGGAAUCGCCAGGCAGACGGUCUCUGCAGUCUGGGUCGGACUCUCCGGCCACACUAUCUCCCGGGGAACCUGAGACUUCGACCUAUACGGCAUCGACAUUUAGUGCUCUUAAUGCCCGUCUAUUUCGAUACGGUGCGUGGAACAAUGACCUGACCGAUUUAAUCCCGGUCGGAGUCAUUUGGACGGCUUCUAGUAAUUCUACGUCUAGAGUAGAACGGCUGUCGCCUUUCGAUCCGGAGCGCCGUUCUCUCGAUGUGCUCAGGGACGUUGGGUGGGUCCACGUUUCUACGGUACAUGAACCCUCUGGUGGAUUCAUCAAUGAGAGAGUUUAUGUCUUACCAGAGGAUAAACUCUCAAAAGAUCCUUCUGGGCUUGACCUACCUCUCCGACGUAGGUUGAAAAGGGUUAUGUCAAAACUUGAUACGUCUGUUGAGGCAUGGGAAGGGAAGUUCGAGCCCGGCCGUCCUAGGGGUGCUGGGGAAGUCAACCGUGAAGGGGAAACCCUUUUCUAUAUCUUCAAUACUCUGGAAUCUCCAAAACCCGAAGCUGCACAUGUCACUGACCCAUGGUCGUGUACCGCCAUGGCUGAUCUCAUGUAUUCUGGCAGCGAAGAUGGCGAGAAUUCCGCUGUUCCAGGGCUCAGAACGCCUUUGUAUCCUUAUCAGCGCCGCUCAGCUGCACUUAUGAUACAAAAGGAGGUACAGCCUGGGCAGUCCCUUGAUCCGAGAUUUCAAGCGCUCCGUGGGCCCACCGGCCGUAAGUAUUAUUACGACAAGGAAGAGGGUAUCAUUCGUACCAUGCCAAAUCUAUAUUCAAAUGCAUGUGGAGGAAUACUAGCGGAAACCAUGGGAUUCGGCAAAACUCUGAUCUGUUUAGCGGUCAUUCUGGCGACCAGAGGGCAUAUGCCAUCCAUUCCCUCCGAGCAUAUCAAUACGACUCCUCCGGUUAGAAGUAGUACCGCCUCUCUUCUUGAAAUGGCGGCUGCAACUGCUGGCUCUCAUUCCAUUCCGUGGGAAUCACAUUUUCGCCAGCUACAAUCGUAUGGCAUGCACUAUGGCAGGUGCAUAGCUGCAUGUAAUAAAAACCGGGGAUCAUAUUCUAUAACGCAAGCUCCGCGGUAUGGUCGUCGAUGUACAAUAACGAAGGAGAGCUCGAUCCGUGUACAACUCUCCUCGGGGACACUGAUUAUUGUGCCACCUAACUUGGUCGACCACUGGCUAACGGAAAUAUCAAAACACACUGAAGGUCUGAAGGUUCUGGUGCUGAGAGACGCCCGUGAUGAAACUCCUCCUGCAGUGGAACUUUUGAAGUACGACAUAGUGUUGUUCUCGCAGUAUAGAUUUAAGAAGGAAUCCGGAGGGCUUAGCGCAUCAUCGCCCAUGACAUAUUAUUCGCCUUUGAGAGAGCUUCAUUGGCUUCGCAUAAUCGUUGACGAAGGCCAUAAUUUUGCGAGCGCUAGAGAGAAGAGUAGCUCUGUUUAUAUGCUGGAUAAGCUACAGGUUGAGAGGAGAUGGAUUGUUUCGGGUACACCGUCAAAGGGGCUAUACGGAAUUGAAGUCAGCCUUGCCGCUGAGAAUAAUAUGGCUACAUGCUCUGAGGCAGACAUAGCCGAGGGGAUUCUACAGACCAGAAAGAAUCCUGAAAAUGUAUUGAGGGAGGAGUUGAAAAAUUUGGACAAACUGCGGUCCAUGGUGGUUGAUUUUCUGGACCUCAAGCCUUGGUCAAAUAUACGCUGUGCAGACCAAGCUAACUGGACGAAAUACAUGAAGCCGGUUGGACCUGAUGGGAAACGCAGGAUGUCGCUAUCUCUACGCUCUACUCUUCAAUCUCUCGUCGUACGCCACCGGGAAGAAGAUGUGAAACGAGAGGUUACUCUCCCAAAACUUCACAACGAAGUUGUAUACCUAGAGCCAACUUUUUACGACAAGGCCUCUUUAAACCUUUUUGUUCUCCAAAUUAUUGUCAAUGCAAUCACCUCCGAGAGGACGGGUGAAGACUAUAUGUUUCAUCCGAAAAACGGAAAGCAUUUGACUCUGCUGAUAAACAAUUUGAGGCUCGCGGGAUUCUGGUGGACAGGUUUUCAGAACGAAACCAUCCAAGAGACGAUCAGAGUCGCGAAAAUAUAUCUAGAGAAGAACAUGUUUCGAAUGUCUGAUGAAGAUCUAGUCUCACUCCGUCAAGGGAUUGUCGUUGGAGAGAAAAUUAUGGCAUGCGAUUCUUGGAACGCCAUGUGUCAUCGUCAUGAAGUCGGCAUUUUUGUAGAAAAUUUCCCAGAGUACGCACAGGCGUUUUGGUCACUCGAUAAGUCGGCUGAAUAUGGGGAGCCGCUUAUACUUGGGAUUUCGCUUGCCCGAGAGGCACAGAAGUUCGUUGCCGCGCAUCUUUGCUCGUCAGAUCCUGGUGAAGGCCUUGCAGGAGCCGGCCUUUUAGCACGGCUCGAGAAGUACAAGCAACCGGGGGCCGCCAGCGAGACCUCGCCGGAUUCGAAGGAUGAUAAAAAUGGAACUCGUGUCCAUCGUUCUAAGCCAGAAAGGUCCAACGAAAAGAAAACGUCAAGAUUAAAGAGACUGCCGUCCGAGUCACCACUUAAGAACACAAAAGUUGUCGCAACCGCAUCCGCCAAGCUUACAUAUCUGUUAGAAAAGGUGAUUGAAUUCCAGGAAUCGGAAAAGAUCAUCAUUUUCUAUGAGGGUGAGAAUACUGCUUUUUGGGUUGCUGAAGGCCUUGAAAUGCUGGGUGUUGAUUUUCGAAUAUACGCAAGCACUCUCAAGCAGUCCCAGAAGUCUGAAUACCUGUCUGUCUUUAACGAGGGCGAGUCUGUUCGUGUACUGCUGAUGGAUCUAGGUCAAGCCUCACACGGGCUUCACAUUGCGUGUGCAUCAAGGGUGUUUAUUGUGAACCCGAUCUGGGACCCGAACAUCGAGAGCCAGGCAAUAAAAAGAGCUCAUCGUAUUUCGCAGACUCGGCCCGUUUACGUGGAAACUCUCGUGCUAAAGGAUACAUUGGAGGAUAGGAUGCUCAAGAGAAGAAAACAAAUGAGCAAUGACGAGAUGCAGCGUGCCGAGAAAGACAUGUUGGAUGAUCACACUAUGAGUUAUAUCAUCCAGAAUGAAACUUUUCUGCCCCUUUCAGAUGACUUGUGGUCGCCAACGCCCGCUUUUUUGAAAACGCCGCUUGGGUUUUUUGAUAGACAUACGCUCUCUAUCCCCAAUGGCUACGUCGAACCCGAUUACCCAGCAACCAUCACUCUUUCGGACCCCAACACCCUCGCGACCAGUUCACCAAUGUCUGACAACAAGCGCAGGCCUACAUUCAUAUUUGAGUCCGAUUUGCCUACUACCCCUCCAGGGAGGAGGACCCCAAAACGGCUCCGAGAAUCACCCACCCAGGAACAUGUGGAUAGAAAUGGGAUAAUCUUCAUAUCCCCUCAAGGCCGAACGCCGCUUUUCAGUCCCACAAAAGGCUCCAGUGCUGAUAUCAGGACUCUUCUUGUCCAUGAAGAUGAUUUUUACAAGCCGGAUGAUCGGAUUCCGGUUACGACAACAUCUUCUGGAAAACUAGUUCAGGAUUGGGAUACAAUUGAAGCAUUUGAUGUCAAGCAAUUUGUUUCUUGCCUGUCUUAUAUUCGUCAGACAGGUAGAUUUCCUCCUAAGCUACAGAGUAAGGAAGACUUGAAUGAUGCUACGGACUCUGGAGUUGAUGAAGCUACGAUCGAUGCGCUGCAGAAGCGGGUAGCCCAACGAUUAUCCCAGUCACAAGAGCAAAAUCAGAAAACUUUGGACAGCUCAAGUCAGAAAUCAGACGAACAAGCUCCCUGGUUAACAAUCGUCUUCGUUGAUGGGUUUCUGCUAUAUGCCCCACCAAAUGACUCUGCGCAUCCGCUACGGCCGGUUCAUGACCAGAUUAACCUCCCUAUUUUCCUACCGGUGACAUAUCCAUUGCUUAAGGAGCGUCGGGACGGGAGGACGGGAUAUGUAACGAUUGGUCCUGCGCCGACUCCAGUACCGAGAGACCCAGAUGAGGUGGAGGAAGAGCCCAAAGACGAGGAUAUGGAUAAUGAAAAAACUGAAGAUGACGCUCCAGUGAAUUUCUGGACGGACCCUCCAGGCUAUGUUGAUGAUAUUGUCUGGCCGCGUUAUAUCUCUAACUGCUCCUGGCUAUUGUUACCGGAAUCUGUCUCCGAGACAAGCCUAGACGAGGGCGAACUAAAGAGACUCGUUGGGAAUGGAGCAAAUGUUAGGGAAGACUUGGGGAUUUCUGUUGCUCCCCAGAAAGGUGACGCAACUAUGCCUCACCUGCUAAACUGGGCGGUGAAUUUGAUCUUUACUAAGAUCGGAGAGGUGGUUAAUACGGCGAGGUAA